AUGGACGCGCUUUUGCGGCAGUACGACUACAAAAUGUGGUGUCAGAUUACGGCCAAAUCUGAUUACGAAGUUUUGGAAGCACUCCCGUUCAGCCCCAAUAUCGAAGCAAAAGAAGUUGGAAUACCACAACCCACCGCGACAGGAAGAUGGGAGUAUGGAGGUCGACAACAUGAAUAUCUGACGAAGAAUUAA